AUGGCAAAGAACUCCGGGGCAUCUUCAGCAUCGUCAUCAUCCAUGGAGUAUCUCCUGAUGGAAGAUCUUGAUUUCAUCCAAGUCGAAGAACAGGGCCUGUCUCACUGGGAGUUCGUCAACGCCUCUGACGCCGAGUCUGAUCGAGAAGAACUAGAAGAGGAAACAGAAGAAGAUAAAGAAAAUCACAUCGUAGAUGGGAUCGAUUCAUUGGGAUCUGAAAUCUCCACGCCUAUUUGCUUACGGAUUGAGCAAAUAGAAACACAUGAUGAUGAUGUCGAUGUGGAUAGGAAAUGCAAUGGUGGGUAUUACAGUUAUGGUCGUGGGUAUGACGGUGAUUCUGGGUAUGUCGAGAAACAAUUUGAAGAUGAGGACGAAAACGAUGAUGAUCAUGAUGGGGAUGAUGAGUAUGGCUUGGACGACGAGCUCGUGCCGUGGAAUGUGAGCAACAAGAUCGGGAGGCAGAGGAUGAGGAAAUUGGGGAAAAGGGAGUUUCCUAAGAUGUACAACUCCAAGAGGUCGCCGUACCUGUUUGUGAGGCCUGGCUGUGUGCGUGGCAAGUAUGGCCUGGGCUUGAAGCACAAUUUCUGA